UUUGUUUUGACAUACAUAAGUGCAAACAACGUAGAAAGCCUGUUUCAACAUGUUCUCGAAGUGUGAAUGGAAGUUUACAACUAACGGGACAUCAUUUGAUAUGCAUACACAUUUCUGGAAUAGCAUUACACGCGACGACAUCAAUUUAAAUUACAAUAUGGCAAAAAGACGUGCACAUAAAACAUUAUCACUAGCUGAUAAGAUUAAAAUAAUACAAGAGAUAGACCGCGGACAAUCUGGAAAACUUUUGGCAGAUAAAUAUGGUGUAGGAACUUCUACAAUUUGUGACAUAAAAAAAAAUUCCGAAAAUAUUAGGAGGUAUAGAAUCCGUAUUAUGUACUAAAGUAUCUUACAAAAAUGAGUUAAUUGUAUACAUACCUAUUUUAUCAGAUUUGCUGAGAAUUCUGAUGAAAAACUUUUGAAGCAGCGCAAGACACUCAAAACGGGUGAGUACGAAGAGUUUGAGCAAAAAUUAUAUGCUUGGUUUGAAGAGAAGCGGUCACGACAUCAAACGAUUUCAGCGGGAGUUUUACGACAAAAGGCAAAAUCACUUUAUCAGAAAAUGUAUAACAAUGAUUCGUUUAAAGCUAGCGAUGGAUGGUUUCAAAAGUUUAAGAAACGAUUUUCUGUACGAAACUUAAAAAUAUGCGGAGAGUCUUUAUCUGCUAGACCAGAUCUUGUUCCUGCUUUUCAAAAUGAGCUCUACAAUGUAAUUGAAGCUGAAAAUUUGUUGGACGACCAAAUUUAUAAUGCUGAUGAGUCUGGACUUUUUUGGAAAAUGUUUCCAGACAAAACUUUAGUGCAUUUUAAAGAAAAAUCAGCUCCAGGCACCAAAAUGAGCAAAGAGAGAAUCACCUUCUUAUGUUGUGCUAAUAAGACUGGAAGUCACAAGCUACAGAUUGCAGUUGUUGGUAAAUCAAAAAACCCUCGGUCAGUUAAAAAACAAAGGGUGAUUGAAUAUUACUCAUCAAAAAAUGCAUGGAUGACAACAUACAUUUUUACUGAAUGGUUUUUCAAAUCGUUUAUACCACAGGUAAAAAACUAUCAGACUGAAAAUAAUUUGCCGAAAAAAGGUCUAUUGAUAUUGGAUAAUGCAACAUGUCAUGGGGAGCCGUUGGCAUCUGAAUGUGGACAAUAUAAAACUAUGUUUCUCCCUCCAAAUUGUACUAGCAUUAUCCAACCUAUGGAUCAAAAUGCGAUACGCCUGACUAAACUUUAUUACAAAAAAGACCUCUUGUGUGAAUUGGUCAAUUCUCGAAGUGUGAAUGGAAGUUUACAACUAACGGGACAUCAUUUGAUAUGCAUACACAUUUCUGGAAUAGCAUUACACGCGACGACAUCAAUUUAAAUUACAAUAUGGCAAAAAGACGUGCACAUAAAACAUUAUCACUAGCUGAUAAGAUUAAAAUAAUACAAGAGAUAGACCGCGGACAAUCUGGAAAACUUUUGGCAGAUAAAUAUGGUGUAGGAACUUCUACAAUUUGUGACAUAAAAAAAAAUUCCGAAAAUAUUAGGAGAUUUGCUGAGAAUUCUGAUGAAAAACUUUUGAAGCAGCGCAAGACACUCAAAACGGGUGAGUACGAAGAGUUUGAGCAAAAAUUAUAUGCUUGGUUUGAAGAGAAGCGGUCACGACAUCAAACGAUUUCAGCGGGAGUUUUACGACAAAAGGCAAAAUCACUUUAUCAGAAAAUGUAUAACAAUGAUUCGUUUAAAGCUAGCGAUGGAUGGUUUCAAAAGUUUAAGAAACGAUUUUCUGUACGAAACUUAAAAAUAUGCGGAGAGUCUUUAUCUGCUAGACCAGAUCUUGUUCCUGCUUUUCAAAAUGAGCUCUACAAUGUAAUUGAAGCUGAAAAUUUGUUGGACGACCAAAUUUAUAAUGCUGAUGAGUCUGGACUUUUUUGGAAAAUGUUUCCAGACAAAACUUUAGUGCAUUUUAAAGAAAAAUCAGCUCCAGGCACCAAAAUGAGCAAAGAGAGAAUCACCUUCUUAUGUUGUGCUAAUAAGACUGGAAGUCACAAGCUACAGAUUGCAGUUGUUGGUAAAUCAAAAAACCCUCGGUCAGUUAAAAAACAAAGGGUGAUUGAAUAUUACUCAUCAAAAAAUGCAUGGAUGACAACAUACAUUUUUACUGAAUGGUUUUUCAAAUCGUUUAUACCACAGGUAAAAAACUAUCAGACUGAAAAUAAUUUGCCGAAAAAAGGUCUAUUGAUAUUGGAUAAUGCAACAUGUCAUGGGGAGCCGUUGGCAUCUGAAUGUGGACAAUAUAAAACUAUGUUUCUCCCUCCAAAUUGUACUAGCAUUAUCCAACCUAUGGAUCAAAAUGCGAUACGCCUGACUAAACUUUAUUACAAAAAAGACCUCUUGUGUGAAUUGGUCAAUUCUGAAUCAGACAGUACUGACAUUUUUUUGAAACAAUUCAGUAUAUACGACGCUUGUGAAUUGCUUAAGCGAUCUUGGAGCAGGGUAUCGGAUUCCACUCUAAAGUCCUGUUGGAAAAAUAUUCAUACCCAGAGAUGGGCUUCAGAAGAUAACAUUCCAUUGUCAGUCUUACAACAAGAAUUACCGGAGAGUGACCUUUCGGCUCGUUUUGAAGAAAAUGAAGAAUUUCGUGCAAUCACAAAUUUAUUUCGCCGCAAUACUGACGUGGAACUUUCUGAAGAUGAAGUUCUUGCCUGGAUUAAUGACUCUGGCAGUAGUGUGGUUGCAUGUAGUACCUCAGAAUUGGUUACAGAAGACGAAGAAGCAGAACCUAAUAUGAUUAAGCGCGUUAAAAAUCAUGAAGCUGUACAAGCUUUAAAUAUAAGUAUAGAUUGGGCAAAGCAACGAGGCAUAGACACUGAUCAAAUAUUAGUACUCAAGGAAAUGCGUAAUAAAGCUUUAGAAGCAUGUGUAUUGAAACAGAAACAAACUUGCAUCACAAAUUUCGUUAAAAAAACAUAAUAAAUAAGGUGUAAGCAAUAUUCUUUCUUAAAAAUAUAAUAAUAAAUAAAAUUAGUUCUGAAGUACUA